AUAUAGUCUAACACACCGGUUGCUGUGCAGUGUGCAUUGUAAAGAUAUUUUCAAUUAGAGAAACAAAAAAAUUUAAUUUCAAAAUAUUAUUAGUAACUUUGUUUACGAGCAGCGUGAAUCUUCGAGGAGUGUGUGUGUUUCAUUUAAUUAAGAGAAAAUUUAUCACAAACUUCCAAGAUCGAAGCAAAAAUCCGUUGAAAGGAUGCGCUCAACGAUAUAACUGCGGACGGCAGACGAGACGUAUGAACAAGAUCACUAUGCAAAUAAAUAGACAAGGAUAUUGGUGUCGAUUGCUGUUGGCAACCGCGAUUUUGUGGGGGCAUAUUAAUGCAGAAAAGCGAAAACGGCAGAUUUUUCGAGAGCAAGUGCUACCAGCGUUGGGUGGCAAGAUUCCAGAGGAGGCUUUUAAAACAGAUCGCUUGGCGCUGAAUCGAUUGAACAAGGAAGGUAUUUCUGUACCGGACGGCGUGGUCCUGGAUGCUCGGCACAUCCACAAGCAUCCUCAUCCUGAUCAGAGAAUGCCGGAAAUAAUAAAGGUUUAUCUAACAUCGGACGGUCGAUACGUACCGCCAGAGGGUCGACCUCACUAUAAUUAUCCGAAAACCGUCGACACAACUUACAUUAUACGAAGGCCAUUUAUGCACACGAUUCAUAAAACACGGAACAAUUUCGAAAACGUCAAACUUCGAAGCUAUCCGAAGCCGCAGGUCUACUCGAGUUAUAAACAAUUUGUGCCGAUCGUACCACCCGUCAAACCGGGUGUUUACAAACCAGUUGUAGCGCCUUUCGUAUUUCCGGCUGAUGGAGAGCUAUUUGAUUUAUCCAGCUGGGGGACGGGACACGAGUGGGACACCGUGUAUGAACCGUUUGACGAUUACUUUGUCAACAAUCUUGCGCUCUUCGAUUCGCAUCAGAUUAUUACGGAUUAUCAAGAAUUUCUCAAUGAAUUCCAUGAACGAUCCUUGAGACAUGUGAGUUCGAAAAGUGGCGACAAGAAUCAACAGCAUCGUCAAAGUCGAAAGAAUCAAGAAUCGAAACUAUCAUCAACGCCUUAUCAGAAAAUCAAAUCAAACGCCGCUAAUUCUCACGAUUCUGCCUAUACAAGUCUCACGAAUAUACCAAAAACCAAUUUUUCUUGCCAUGGAAGGAAGGGAAUGUUCGCGGACGUCGAAACCAAGUGUCAAGUAUUUCACAACUGUUCAGAUCGAUCGAAAACAUCCUCACUGUGUCCACCAGAAACAGCAUUUUGCGAGACAAACAAUCGAUGCGAAUGGUAUUAUUCUGUACAAUGCAAGAAGUAAAUUCAAAGUAAAUGUUGAAUUAGUCUUGUAUAAUUGUUUAUAAAAAUAACAA